AGGGCUUCCAAACUUCGGACUCAUUUCGCGAAUACCCAAAUUUAUUUAAAACCCUAAAAAAUUAAAGGAAUCAUCAAAAACUCUGAAAGCCAAAUUGAAAUUUUAGGGAAAAGGAAACCAUAUAAUGCAAGGAACAGAUGAGCUAAGCAUAGAUGACCUGGCUUCAAGUCUCUCUACGUAUAAGGAACAGCUUCAGCAGGUUAGACAGCUUCUGGCUGAUGAUCCUGGGAACGCUGAAUAUGUGGACAUGGAAAAGGAGCUCGCUGAGGUGAUUGCUCUGACAGAGGAACUGCUUGCAACUGCGAAGCAAAAUGAGAUUUCUGGAUCAGAUAUUGGGACUAGUGUCAGUGCAGCUGCUGCACAAUCGAAGGAAAUGGUGAAAACAUCAGAUUAUGAAGAUAAAUUUCCUGUUGGCACAAAAGUUCAGGCUGUCUGGAGUGAAGAUGGAGAGUGGUAUGAUGCAACUAUUGAGGCUGUUACUCCAAAUGGGUAUUAUGCGUCUUUUGAUGGAUGGGGAAACAAGGAAGAGGUGGAUCCUGCCAAUGUAAGGGCGAUUGAAUACAAUGCUUUGCUAGAAGCUGAGAAGGUUGCUGAAGCUACAAAACAAGCUAUCAAACGGAAGAUUGCUCAAGCUGCUUCUGUUGACUUUCAAUCUCGAAGUUUACCAGCAAAGCUUCGAAUCACUUCUGAUGACCCUGAGGAUGUGAAAGCAGCCAAACGGAAGAAGAUACAUGCUUUCAAGUCAAAGAUGCGACUUGAACAACUUGAAGUGGCACAAAAUAAGCGGCAGAAUGCUUGGCAGCAGUUUCAGACAACCAAAGGCAAGACUAAAAAGGUUGGUUUUUUCUCGGGGCGUAAGCGUGAGAGCAUUUUCAAAUCACCGGAUGAUCCUCAAGGUAAGGUUGGUGUGACAGGGAGUGGAAAGGGCUUGACAGAUUUCCAGAAAAGAGAAAAGCACUUGCAUCUUAAGGGAGGUAAUGUUGAGAUAAGUGAUGACUAGGCAGGUAGAGUUCCUACUAUACUUUUAGUUGCCUUAGCUUUGUUUCGCACUCCAUUCGGUAGUUUGACAAGUUCCCAGUUAGGGGGUGUUGUAAACAUGUACUUCCCAUCAUUCUCUGCGCCAGUAUUUUGUGCUUGCAACUUGUUAAUCAUAAUGUAAUUGCUCUUUUUUUCUUCCCUUUCUAAGAGAGAUCGCAUACUCAUUGUCUCA